CGAGCGUCUUGCCGGAAAAAGAAAGCGAGAAAAAAGGAAAGAGAAAGGAAAAAAACAGAAGUGCUAACGAAGCAGAUCAGCCAAAACAUAAACACUGCGGGCACGACCAAAAACGUGACCUAAAACUGCGGGUUUUUUUGGAUCGCCAGUGCCUGAGCGUGUUGAGGGCACAUCUCACUAAUGUGUCGAGCUUUUGUUUGCGCUCGACUCGAAGGUGAAGGAAGGGAAAUCUGCGCAGAGGAUUAACAAGUGCGGAGACUUUGGGCCUAACGUUACAGUAGAGGGUCUCUUCUGUCAGAAGAGACAGUCAGACAGAAUGUGCGAUACAGAUGGUAAAUCCAAUGUCUCAAAUGGUGGUUCUGAUGAUCCAGAACCUGGAGAAGGAAGAGAGGAGGCAGAUACAUCUGCAGUGCCAGAGGCCCAGACCAGUCCUGAUUCAGCAAAUUUGAGUUCAGUCCCAGAGGGAAGUGAGGAUGGUCAGGACAGAGCGUUGGCAAACUCUGAGCAGAAGCAGGGACCAGGAGAAGAGGAGGACACCGACAGCAUGGAUGGCAGUGGUCUGUACUCUCUCACUGAAGAAGGAGAAGGAGAGAGUGAGGGAGGAGAGCAGAGAGAGAGGGGAAAAGAUGAAAGUAAGAGAUCCGCCAGGAAGAGGAAUCGACCCAGUGGUGGAGCCACACGCCACUCUUCCAGUUCAGAUGACGACGAUGAAGAAGAGGAGGAGGAAGAGGAUGCUGAGGAAGAAGAUGAGCAAGCCAUGGAAGCGUGGCUGGGAGCAGACCUGCGGGACCUGAGUCGCCCUUCGUGGUGCGCGGUCCCGUCGCUGCGUGCCCGAGAGAUCGGCCGUGAUUCGCAUCAGUUUGUGAGGAGGGUGUGUGGGGCGCGAGGUCUAGUGCAGAGGCUGGAACUGCAGGGCCGUCUGGAGAGACACACGGGCUGCGUGAACACCCUCCACUUUAACCCCUCUGGCACCCGCCUGGCUUCCGGUAGCGAUGACCUCCGCGUGGUAAUCUGGGACUGGGCUAGCAGAAGGGCAGAGCUGGAGUUUGACAGUGGACAUAAGAGCAAUGUCUUUCAGGCAAAGUUCCUCCCACACAGUGGUGACUCCACUUUGGCCAUGUGUGCCCGAGAUGGACAGAUCAGAGUGGCUGAGCUUUCUGCCACACAACGUUGCAAGAACACCAAAAGAGUGGCUCAGCAUAAAGGUGCAGCUCAUAAGCUUGCACUGGAGCCAGACUCUCCCUGCUCUUUCCUCUCCGCUGGUGAAGAUGCAGUAGUGUUCGGCAUUGACCUGCGUUUAGACAGACCUGCCAACAAACUGGUGGUGGUGAAGGAAGGUGAAAAGAAGGUGGGGCUUUACACCAUUUUCGUGAAUCCAGCCAACACACACCACUUUGCUGUAGGUGGAAGAGACCAGUAUGUCAGGAUCUAUGACCAGAGAAAAAUAAAUGAACACGAUAAUAAUGGUGUGCUGAAGAAGUUUUGUCCCUCUCACUUGGUGUCCAGCGAGUCCAAAACAAAUAUUACCUGUUUAUUGUACAGCCAUGACGGCACAGAACUGCUGGCAAGUUACAAUGAUGAGGACAUUUACCUUUUUGACUCCAGCCACAGUGAUGGAGCAGAUUACCGCAGGAGAUACAAGGGUCACCGCAACAAUGCUACAGUGAAGGGAGUUAACUUUUACGGUCCCUAUAGUGAGUUUGUUGUCAGUGGCAGUGACUGUGGACACAUCUACCUGUGGGAUAAAAACUCUGCUCGUGUGGUUCAGUUUAUGGAGGGAGACCGGGGAGGAGUGGUGAACUGUCUGGAGCCACAUCCUCAUCUUCCAGGUUUAGCCACCAGUGGUUUGGACCAUGAUGUGAAGCUAUGGGCGCCCACUGCUGAGAAUCCCACAACACUAAAGGGACUUAAAGAGGUAAUGAAGAAGAACAAGCGAGAACGGGAUGAAGACAGUGUUCGUCAUGGUGACCAGUAUGACACACAGCUCCUCUGGUUCCUAAUGAGACACAUGAGAAACCGAAGACCUCAGCGGGCCCGGCGAGGGGAGGGAGGAGAGGGCGACACAGACGAAUCUUGGAGCUCGCCAGAUUCCUCCGAUGAAGAAGAAGGAGGGCCAGACCAUGUGCAGUGCAUGUCCUCCUGAACCACACACACAUGCUCUUUGCCAUAUAUUUAAGCACAUACAUUCUAGUAACCCACUGGUACACAAAUAGACACUGAAAGGCCAGCAACAAACACACACACAGCUUUAUAUAUACAUACACACAUGUAAGGGAGAGGGAAACGACUGAAAUCUGGCUUUAUGCUCCACACACACAAAUGACAUCACUAGGGGAAGAACUGAUACUGAGAUUCGUAUUUUUGAUAUAUUUGCAACCACACAUGCAGUUAACCACUCUGAUUUUACAUGAACUUGGACACAGGCGCAUUUCAUUCCCAGUUUUACAGCGUAUCACAAGGAAGAAUACAGCCGGUGAUCGAGAAAUAUCACCUCUACUGUUUUAUCAACAACCACGAAUUUUAGAAGCAGCAUUUUGCUGCAGCAGUCGUGAGGCGCAGAAGAGGACAUUUCUCAUCUGUGCUGUAGUAAACAGUCCCACUUGAAGCUUUUCUUUCACAGCGAUGUGUCCGCAGCAUGACAGAACAGUACGGACACUCAAAGCUGGUCCUUAUGCAGAUUACUGAGAGGAUGAGUGUUACUUGUUCUAAAAACCAGCACCAUCUUUUACUGGCCUCAUCAGUUUUCUCCAGUGAUCUGAACUGCUUACGUCUCUAUGUAAGACUGAGCUGACGUUUGUUAUUUUUGGACUGCAAUCUUUGUUCAUCGCAGUGAUAGACCGUCAUGAGCCGUCUGGCCGUCCAAUCCUGUCUUGUCUUUGACCUCUUCUCCUGUGUGUGUGUGUGUGUGUGUGUUUGCUGAAGCCAGGCACAGCUAAUUUUCUUGAGGUCAAUCAUGCUCUCUUAGAUCUGACUGAAGACUCAGAAGAUGAGCCAGAGCUGCUUAAUCUGGCUCCAGAGCUGGCUGUUUUGCUCCGUUCUCUCUCUCCCAUGCUACGGAGUGCACUUUAAUCAGGGAUCUGCUUUGAGUUUUGAAUCUCUAAGACGAGUGUGCACUUAGGGGGCAUGCAAUACUUGGAUUAAAUGUGUUAAUUUUGCUAAUUUAGUUUUUUUUUUUUUUUUGCCCUGCAAUUCCCCAAACUUACUGUGGACUUUUAAAUUGAAUAGAGAUUUGACACCAGCUCUUUGGUUUUGGGAUUUGCACUUGGGUGGAGAUACUGGAUGGAGUUCUUGUAGAAAUUCCUAAUGGCUAAAAAUGUAACUCUCCACGGACUACAGUCGUCUUCUCAGCCCUAUCUCGUAAAAAUUGAGAGCAAAGACGAUGAUGUGCUCAGAGCCAGUGAUUUGUUGAAUACAUGUUUCUUCCUUUGUCUUUUGUUUGAAUACGCAUCCUCAAGAUCUUUGCCUAACUAUAUGGCGAGGAUCAAAUGUAGCAGAAUGUCCCGUGUUUGCCAGAGAAAGGCUAAGCCCUCACAACCCAUUUUUCAUAAAAAUGGUGUCUGUUCUUUGUCAGUAUUUGGAUUCAGCUGGUUAAGAGCAAACAUGGACGGACUGUGGCCUGUUGAGACUUGCAUGUGGAAAGGAAUGAUUCAUUUCAGAAGGAUGGGUCAAUGGCAGGGGAGGGAUAGCACUUGUGGGGUACGCAGGGAGGGGUAAGGAGCUUAAAUUACUUUGCCCCUUUUUUCCUCCUCCUUUUGUGAGGGGAAUAAAGUAUCAACUUUUCUCUUUUUGUAUGAGAAGAAUAACUUAAAUGACUAUAUGUAUAUACAAAUAUAUAAAGAUAUAUAUAUAAAUAUUAAAAACCUGUAAAAAAUCAUCUUCAACCCUUACUCUUUCAAAGGGUGUCUAAAUUUAAUUGGUAUUUGACGCAGAGGUUUAUAUUGUACAAGACAAAAUACUUUUAAAUGAAUGGAAAAAUUAAAUGAAUACUUUUUUUUUGGAUUACAACCCUAAUUGUCACUGAAAUUAAAAGCAUUAGUCUCUGUUAAUGUUCAUUUUCUCAUUCUCACUUGUCUGCUCAAAAUGUCCUAUCACUGGCAUGUAUUUUUUAUUUUUUUUAUCUGAGUUAUCCCACGCUGCAAUAUUGUGUUCUUUCAGUUCAGUUCAGACAACAUGUACGGAUUGUGCAGUAAAAAAAGAGAGAAAAAUCUGUUCUUUUGUUUCUGACCAAGUGCCUUUAUUUACUAUAAAUACAGGAGGAAUUUAUUUUCUGUGUAACCAACUUAAGGCCAUCAAUCAUUAUGUAAUCAUAGUUUAUGUAUUAAUUAGUGCUAUUUAAUUAGUUGUAUGGAUGGUAACAGAUACUUGUAUUCUCUUUCACUAUUUGUGCAUCCUGUGGUUAGACAGAAAAUAAAUUACACAUAAUUUAUUUC